AUGGCAGAAGACAUGCAGAAGUCCGUUGAGACGCCCUCGGAGACGCCCACCGUCCCUGCUCCCGCUUCUUCCACGUCAGGACAGCCAAAGGGAAUGCGGAAAAAUGGUAAAAACUGGCAUGCGCCCAAGACUGCCUUCAGGCCUACUGCCGGACAGACCUCAUACGCAAAACGACUCGAGGAGCGAAAAGCGAUGGCCGUCAUGAAGGAGAAAGAGAAGGAGAUGAAGGAUGAAAAGGAGUCCAUACGACAGGCCCGUAUACAAGCGAUCAAGGACCGGAGAGCAGCCAAGGAAGAGAAACAGCGAUACGAGAAACUGGCAGAGAAAAUGCACAAGAAACGAGUCGAGCGGUUGAGGAAGCGCGAGAAGAGGAAUAAGCUGCUCAAUUCUUAG